AUGAGCGACGCAAAUCACAAUCAGCCUGGCCCUGAUCCGUCACAAUCAGAAUACGUUCAGAGCGUUUUCGCCUUUCAAAUGGAGCCCAUUGACCCUGCCUUGACGGCGGGCCAGUCCAAUACCCCUCUGCGACCGACCGCGCAGCCCAUCCAGUCUCAGUCUUUUCCUAACAACUUGGGGCAAAUCCAGAGCUCGACCUCUCUUCCAAAUCACCCUCCCCCUAACCCUUCUCACCAUUCAGGUGGUAUAGCAGCCCAGAACAAUCCUAAUAUGAGAGUCAUGGGAAAUGGGAACGGUAUGGCGCCUGCUCAAGGAUCAGCCUUCAACCCACAGUCGCCGUCUGUUUGUUUUCAAAGUCGCCCACAGCCGUCCGUUGAUCAGUCCAUGGCAGCGACCCAAGCCAACUUGCACAACAACAUGGUCAACCCGGGGGCGCAGCAGGCCGCUCAACAACCUCAACUAUCGUUCAAUGAUUACUUGGACUACGCCGUCGCGCCCAUGCCACAAUAUGCGCACUACCAACAGUCUGUCAAUGGAACGAUGAACCAGUACCUAGGCCAAGUUCCGUCGUCGUUCGAUUUCUCAACUAUACCUGGCGCUGCCAGCCACUAUAACAUUGGCAGCUUUCACAACAACAGCAACAACAACAACUCUUCAUUCCGUCCCAACAGCAUGCCUUCAGUGAAGUCACAGGCUGCUCAACCUCCGGCCACCUCCUUAUCAGCGGAUGCGCUCUCCCGUGCUGCGGAGUCUAUGAACAGCCAAGUCGCUGCGGAGACUGCGAAAAAGAGGGCCUCAAAAAGUGCCACGAGCCAGAUACCUCUACCUGACAAACCCCAAGAAGCAAACCCCGCCCAGCCUGCGAAGCGCAAGAGGAAUUAUGCUCCACGCAAGCCAAAGGUCGAGGGAACAUCUGACCCUACAGCUCCUAAAGAGCCUCCGAAGAAACGUCAGAGAACGCAAAAAAAGAAGACAGAAACUACCGCACCUAUCGGUUCGGAGGCCACUGCUCCCGUUGCACCAAUGGCUUUUAUGCCGACAGCGACGUCUACACCAACAAUUACCCCAGCCCUCUUAUCCACAAACUAUCAUGAAGCUUCUCCAGAAUCGGCCACAUCUGUCUCUUACGCCCCCCAUAAGCAAGUGGCCCAGCUUUCUUCCCAGGCGCCGAUCUUCAACAUGGCUCCCCCGUCGCCUAUUCAGGUCCCGUCGGAAUUUGUUGCGGCGGCUAAUUCUGCACCGAUCCCAACCUUGAGGUCUGCACGACCAGUUCAAGUGAUGAAUCAAACUCCGGCUACGGGUAUUCAAAACCCAGUUUCUGCUGUACCUAACAAGGUUUCGCCUGUUCCUGUUCCGAAUAUCCCUAUCGUUGCGAAAGUCCCAUCUGUGUUUCCUCGACAAGCUCCAGGUACCGCCCAAGCUUCAACUCAAGCUUUUGCUCAAGGUCCAGCUCGCACUCCGGCACUAAGCCCUACCCCGGCACCCACUCCGACCCCCACUCCUGCUCGAGUUUCUCCUCAACAUCCGGUUCAACCUUCGAAACAGGAUGUCGUUGGGGCUUCAGUCCAGAGGACUCCUAAUGCGGCCUUUACUCCGUCUCCUUCUCCAGCUCCCGCUCGGCCUCCUCCUCAGUCUUCCACUCAAGGACAGACUCAGCCUCCUGCUCAACCUCCGCUUAAACCUUCCACCUAUAUGGUGCCCCAGUCUGUUGGUCAGCAGCCAACUCAGCAAGCCGUUCACCAACAGGCUCAGCAAGCUGCUCAGAGGCCAGCUCAACAAGUCGCUCAACCGCCAGCUCAGCAUAUUGUUCAGUAUGAUGUUCAGCGUCAGGCUCAGGUUCGUGCUCAACAUCAAGCUCAGGCUGCUGCGCAAAAUCGUGUAUCUGCUCAGCCUGCUAUUCAACAUUCAUAUCAACAUGCUGUUCAGCAGCCAGCUAAGCCACGGGCCCAGCAAAAGGCCCAGAAGCAAGUUCAACAACAGGCUCCGAAACAACAGACUCAGCAGCAACACACCCAGCAACAGUUUCUACAACAAGCUCAACAGCAGACCCAGAAUGGUGUUCCGAUCCUAGCUCAGCAUGCUGUCCAACAUCAAACUCAGGCUGCCGCUCAGAUUCCAACUCAGCAUACCACUCAAACUCCAACCGGGCCUUCCCCUAAUCCCUCAACUCAGCCAGCACCAGUACCCUCACUCCCCAAUGUGAACACCGAAAGGCUGGCAAAGCCAGUAACCCCCACAAUCAUCUCCCCCCAAGCCGACACCGACCUCUACUGCGUCUUUGGCAUGCACACUCUCCACCACUUCCGCGUGCGCCGCAGCACGCUUAAACACCUGCACCACCCAACCACCCUCACCACCUCCCCCUUCCCCAAUAUCGUGUACAUCAACUUCAACGAAGCGCUCACCAUCCCGGGUAGCACCCCAACCGAGCUCUCCAACGCCCCCGGCGAAACCGCCGACUCGCACAUGCAGGCUUUUGGUCGUUUACUCCGCCUCCUCGAAGACCCUGCCACACAGGGCAAAACAGCCUGCGACGUCGACACCAUCUGGCGCCUGUCCAACCUGCAGCCGGCGCUGGGUUUAGACAAGGAGUACGUGCGCUGGUUGAGACGGUGUAUGGGCUUGUUUAUCAAGCAGGUUACUUUGCCUGUCCCGGCGCCUGUCACCACGGCCGGUCAAGCCAGCGGCGGCGGACACAAACAGAAUCGGAAUGGGAACCACGCCAUGGGAGAGGAUCUGUUUGAGGAGCGUGAUAUGAAGGGGGUGGAUUUGAAGAAGAAUAAAUGGGAGAAGGCGUUGGAGGCGUGUAGGAAGUUUACGUGGAUUGUGGAGUGGAGGACGUUGGUGGCGAGGUUGGCGUAUCUGUGUAGUGUGGAUAAGGAUGCGGGAGGACGGUUCGUGUUGAAGAAGCCGGGUGCUGGUGCUGGUGGGGGAGGGGUUUUGAAUAGGUUGUUGGUUGGGGAGGAGACUAUUGAUGCCAUCGUCAACACCAGAACCAAAGCCUGCCAGUACCUAACGAACGUAGCUGAGAAUACGUGCAAGAACUGGCAUGGUCGUAUCAAGAACGGUCAACGCAACGGCGGCUGUCGCAGCAGGUUGUGCAUGGAAAAGCGCAUGGCCGGUUUGAUACAGGUCGUCAAAGGCUUGGGCUUGCAUAUACCCAAGGAAACCACAACCAUAACAACCAGCGGAUCCAACCCAGAGACACUUUUCCAAGCCCAAACCCAACCUACCACAACCAACGGCAUCGAAUCCACCUUCCACGGCCAAGGAACCAAAAUGAUUAUCGGCCUCUCCAUCCACUCCGUUGUUGACAUCCUCAAAGCCAUCGAGCAUGAGCGUCGCGGCAGGUACCGCUUCGCGGAUGCCAUGAUCCAGCAGUUUGGCGGAAAAUGCUACGACUGCAUGAAGGGUUCGGCGUUCGGACCGGGCGAGCUUAACCCGACCAACUCGUUGUUCCCUAUCAUUGACUUGCUGUAUGAAAUGCUAUGGGAGUUGAGGGUCAAGUUCCUUGAGUGGACAGAGUUUCCGUGGGCAGAAAAGAUUGUGCUCACCCUUGAGGGUGUUGAGGGGGUUGAGGCUGAGAAGAUGCAAGGCAGAUUGCGGGAUGUUGUAGGCGGCAGUAAGGCGGUGGUUACCACUAAGGAUGGGAUGGAGCCCGUUUCUGCUUCCUAA